AUGGCAGAAUCACCAGGCUCCCCCCUCUCCUCCAUCGCCUCGGAUGACCUGACCGAGGACAUCAAGCUGGACAAGGACGAACAGUCCCCAUCCGCGUCGAAUAUGCCCCCUUCCAAGCGUCGUCGCACGGGAACUGCCUCCUGGGACCCCCAUACGCCCGACAUGAUGUCCUCCGUCCACGAGGAGAACCUCCCGACCUCACCCUCGACCUCCAUCUCGUCCGAUACCUCCGGCGACAUCCCCAAUUCCCCGAGUCUGGUCGCGCUCAUUGGCGGCGGCCAGGACGAUGACUACAGCGGCCAGGGCGGCGACCAGGUGUCCGUCUGUCGCUGGGAUGGCUGCGAAGCAGGCGAUCUGGGCAACAUGGACGACCUCGUCGAACACAUCCAUCGCGACCACAUCGGGACUCGACAGAAGAAGUACUCGUGCGAAUGGAUCGACUGCAGUCGGAAGGGCCAGACGCAUGCCAGUGGCUACGCACUGCGAGCACACAUGAGAAGCCACACGCGCGAGAAGCCGUUCUAUUGCAUGCUGCCAGAAUGUGAUCGGAGCUUCACCCGUUCAGACGCACUCGCAAAACACAUGAGGACAGUCCAUGAAACCGAGGCCCUUCGACCCUCGGACCCGGUCCCGAAGAAUCUGUCCGCCAUCAGCUCGACAGCAACCCCCAAAAUCCAGCGCAUCAAGCUAAAACUGUCCUCUCAGCCCAAGGAGGAAGAAGAGCAGCAGCAGCAGCAGCAGAACGUCAGCGUCAACGUCAACGGCGAAGACGACGGCGUCGAGCCCGAAGACCUAGACACGAUCCCCCUGCCCGAGUUCGGCCCCGAGCUCGGGUUCGACGAGCACGAGCUGUCCCUGCCUCCGCAGGAACUGUACCGGCUGCUCCGUCGCCAGAUCCACUGGGCAGAACUCGAGAUGGCGAAGCUGCGGCAGGAAUGGGAGGAAAAGAUCGAGCCGCAGCGCUUCGAGGCCUGGCGGGCCAAGGAGGCCAUCUUCCGCGACGUGAUCGAUGCUGAGACGCGUCUGCACAAUAUCCUCGAGCAGCAGAAACACGGCAACAGCAACAAUAACAACAACGCCGCUGCGGCUCCGAACGGACAUUCUUCUCAGCAGCAGCAGUACCACCACAACAACAGUGUGGAAUCCUCCUCCCACCAUGCAGAAGCCGUUUCUACAUAG